CGUCACCACGCCUCGAUAAGAGUGAACCCCGAUCAACAGCUUUAUAUCGGAAUUUGAGCGCUUUAGAGACACAGUAAAGAGAAACAGCAGGUUUCGUUCUGCAGUUUGACAAAUUAUUUGCUGAAUCCCUUUGAGAGGCGAGAGGAAUUUACGCCACAGCGGGAAGUAAUGGCAGUUUUGGGCAGCGCGUGCCGGCUCACGCAGCUGGUCAGGUGCGGUCCGCCAGUCAGUUUGUGCAUGAGCUCGUCUCUCAGACGGCAGUCGACGGCUGCAGCAGCUGUGUUUGCCAGUUCACCCACUCCAGAGACACAAGAGAGCAGGAAACCUAAAACAGGGAUCCUGAUGCUGAACAUGGGCGGCCCAGAGAAACUAGAAGACGUUCAUGACUUCCUCUUACGGCUUUUCAUGGACACAGACCUCAUGCAGCUUCCUGUUCAGAAUCAGCUCGGUCCGUUCAUUGCCAAACGACGCACCCCAAAGAUCCAAGAGCAAUACAGCAAGAUCGGAGGAGGGUCUCCCAUCAAAGCCUGGACCAGCAUGCAGGGAGAAGGGAUGAUCAAACUCCUGGAUGAGAUGUGCCCGGAGACGGCUCCUCAUAAGUUCUAUAUUGGUUUCCGGUAUGUUCAACCGCUCACUGAAGAGGCCGUAGAACAGAUGGAGAAAGAUGGUGUACAGAGAGCCGUCGCCUUCACACAGUAUCCACAAUACAGCUGCUCCACUACAGGCAGCAGUCUGAACGCGAUCUACAGAUACUACAGUAACCGUGGCGACAGGCCAAAGAUGCGCUGGAGUGUGAUUGACAGGUGGCCGACACACCCUCUGCUGAUCGAGUGUUUCGCGGAGCAUGUACGGAAUGAGCUGGGCAAGUUUCCUCCUGAGAAGAGAGACGACGUGGUGAUUUUAUUCUCCGCUCAUUCUCUGCCCAUGUCUGUCGUAAACAGGGGUGACCCGUACCCACAGGAAGUUGGCGCAACCGUUCAGAGGGUGAUGGAGCAUUUAGGCCACUGUAACCCGUACAGACUCGUCUGGCAGUCCAAGGUGGGGCCGAUGGCAUGGCUGGGGCCGCAGACUGAUGAGGUGAUCAAGGGUUUGUGUCAGCGCGGGAAAAAGAACCUCCUGCUGGUGCCCAUCGCAUUCACCAGCGACCACAUCGAAACGCUGCACGAGCUCGACAUCGAGUAUUCGCAGAUCCUCGGAGAGGAGUGUGGUGUGGAGAACAUCAGAAGAGCCGAAUCUCUCAAUGGAAAUCCUCUGUUUUUCAGGGCAUUGGCCGAUCUGGUUCAGUCUCAUUUGAAGUCAAACGAGCCGUGUUCUCGUCAGCUCACUCUGCGCUGUCCGCUCUGCGUCAACCCCACCUGCGGUCAGACCAAAGCCUUCUUCUCCAGCCAGAAGCUCUGACCUUUGCCCUCUCAGCCGCUAUAAAGAGUGACAUCAUUUCACUCUCGCGCUGGAUGGAGGUGUGGUGUGACCCAUCCGGGUGUCUGUGGUUAGACAGGAGGGCAUCAUGGGGUGAUUGUGGACAGGGCCGAAUAAGCAUUCUAACGCCGCCCUCAUUAAAGAUAAACGCACUUUUACCCCACCUUACAGUCCAACCAUGACAUGUAAACCCUUGCGAUUUAAUUUCCCCUCUCGGUCUGUCUUUCCUCGUCUUUCCUUCCUGUUUUUCCCUGCAUGUGCUUAAUACAUUUGAACCCUUUGCAAACGCUUGUGUAUUCCAAAAAUACAAAUAAAUAAAUGCUAAAAAUCGUAUUGGUGUGGUGAUAUCGGCAUUAAAGGAAUGUACUCUCCUUUCUUCUGUGGAUCACAAAAAGACGUUUUAAAGAACGAAAUCUUCUCUCCUAUUGGCUGUCACUCCCGAAAGUUGCUCUUCGUUUGCAUAAAUGUCAAUUUUUCUCAACUCAUCGCUGGACACGCCCACAUCCGGUCGCCAAUAGUCGCUGUCGCUCGUGUUGUCGGAAGUCGCCAGCGCUCAUUGAAAAUGAAUGAGAUGAGGUCGUUUUGUCGCUGCGUGUCGCUGGCAGCGUAAACUCAGCUUAAGUGUGUGCGUAAUGCAUGUAUGUGUGUGAGAGCUUAAGAGAGAGCGAUGGGGUGCGCGAGGGUGUUUCCCAAAGAUAUUUUGGAUAAUAUAGAAGCUGUUGUAUUGAUCAAGUGUAUCUUGCUCUGAUAAAGCUCAAACCUUCAUUGCUAGUUCAAGAGCAUGCUGUGUGUUCGGGCGUGUGCGAGUGUGUGUGCUGCAUGUGCGAGUGUGUGUGUGCUGCAUGUGCGAGUGUGUGUGUGCUGCAUGUGCGAGUGUGUGUGCUGCGUGUGCGAGCGUGUGUGCUGCGUGUGCGAGCGUGCGUGCUGCGUGUGCGAGCGUGCGUGCUGCGUGUGCGAGCGUGUGUGCUGCGUGUGCGAGCGUGUGUGCUGCGUGUGCGAGCGUGUGUGCUGCGUGUGCGAGUGUGUGUGCUGCGUGUGUGAGAAUGUGUUCUGCGUGUGCGAGCGUGUCCGUGCGUGCUGUGUGUGCAGGCGUGUACGACCGAACUUGUGCGAGUGUGCGUGCUUGUGCGACCGAGUGUGCGCGAGGGUGAUUGUCAACCGAAAUUUUUAUAAAUGUAGGAUAUUAUAGACAUUGUCAUUCUUAUCCGAUGGUCUUAACCGGUGUUUUAUUUGGUUAUAGGCUCUGUACGUGCUCUUUGAAAUAACUGAAAUAAUUUGGCGAAGUGACCGUUAUUCGGUCAUGACCUGGAAGUACUUGACAGCCGUGCGUUUACUUGAAAAAUAAUUGCACACCUUAGAACGUCCGUGAACCAAUCAGAAUCAAGCAUUGAACACCCGUGGCAUAAAGUACCUUAUGGUGCUUUUUUAUCCUUUUUGGAGGUUCGUAGCUCCUGGUCACUGUAUGCCGACAUUGUUUGAAAUAGAGCAGCAUGAACAUUCUGCCAAAUAUCUCCUUUUGUGUUCCACAGAAGAAAGUAAGUAGGUUUGGAACAACAUGAGGGUGAGUAAAGUAUGACACAAUUUUCAUUAAUGGUUGAACUUUUCCUUUAAAACGACUCCACUACACCACAUCUAUAAACGAAACUGCACCGGAAGUUACUCCGACCUCUGACCCCUACGGGUCAUAACGCCAUACUGACGAAUAGUUUUUCUGCUCAGCGCCUUCUAUAUCGUGUGCCGCCUUGCUGGGUUCAUGACAAACCGCAUCUCGCCGUCUGUGCUUUUGACAGUCACAGUUUCAUGUUUUACAUAAACGCGAGAUGUGGCGUGUGUGUGUGUGUGUGUGUGUGUGUGUGUGUGUGUGUGUGUGUGUGUGUGUGUGUGUGUGUGUGUGGAUGAUGUAGAUUAGAAACAUACAACACGUGAACCGUUUGUGUUAGUGUGUUUAAAUGUUGUUUGUUUCUUUUGCUAAGGAGUCGUCACAUGAUCUAGACAGAAAUAUGAACGUGUCGUCCUUUUUGUUUUUAUGGUCACUCCCUGUUUUCUCUCUCAUUGCACGGAAACAUGUCUGGGACACGUUUAACACCAAAAUCAAAGUAAAAAAGUAAAUGACAUGACUCUUGUAUUGUGAUGCUGAUUUUGGGGGUAAAACAUGUUUAUUUAUCAUAAAAUUUAUAUAAAUGAUGCGAAGAAAAUGUUUAACAGUCCUAAGAAAAUUCUUCAUUGUCUUCGAGUAAAUUAUAAUUUCUUUCUUUUAAUUUUGGGGUGAAAUAUGACCUGGACGUGUUCUUGACAGGUUUUUGGAGAAUAGCUCAUCCUGUUGUUGAUUAAAUGCAGAGAGAUUGACUGUCCAAAACCCAGUAACGUAUGCGCACGCGUGCGUGCAUGUGUGUGUGUGUGUGAGAGUGUGUGUGUGUGUGUGUGUGUGUAUAUAUAUAUAUAUAUAUAUAUAUAUAUAUAUAUGUGUGUGUGUGUGUGUGUGUGUGUGUUGUGUGGUUAUCUGCGUGUGUGUCUGCGCGCGCCCAUGUGUGCGCGCAUGUGAGUGUGUGUGUGCGUGCGUGCGUGCUCACGCGUGUGUGUGUGUGUGUGUGUGCAUAUGCGGGUGUGUGUGUCUGUGUAAGUCUUUGUGUGUGUGUGUGUGCGUGCGCAGUGUGUGUGUGUAUAUAUGUGUGUGUGUGCGCAUCUGUGUAAGUCUUUGUGUGUGUGUGAGAGAGUGUGUGUGUCGCAUCUGCGUGUGUGUGUCUUUGUGUGUCUGUGUAAGACUUUGUGUGUGUGUGUGUGAGAGAGUGUGUGUGCGUGCGCAGUGUAUAUAUGUGUGUGUGUGAGUGUGUGCACGUGUGUGUGUGUGUGAGUGUGUGUGUGUGUGUGAGUGUGUGUGAGUGUGUGCGCAUCUGCGUGUGUGAGUGUGUGUGUGUGUGUGUGUGAGUGUGUGCGCAUCUGCGUGUGUGAGAGUGUGUGUGUGAGAGAGUGUGUGUGUGCGCAUCUGCGUGUGUGUGUUUUUGUGUGUCUGUGUAAGACUUUGUGUGUGUGUGUGUGAGAGAGUGUGUGUGUGAGUGUGUGUGCAUGCGCAGUGUAUAUAUGUGUGAGUGUGUGCGCAUCUGCGUGUGUGAGAGUGUGUGUGUGUGUGUGUGUGUGUGUGUGUGUGUGUGUGUGUGUGUGUGUGUGUGUGUGUGUGGUGUGCUCUGUGGGACGCUGGGGCUCUUGGUAAUUGAAAAGUGGAACGAUGGCUGCACCGACUCUCUGACCUCUAAUUGAGAGAGAGAAUUGAUUUCUGCAAAGAGAGAGAGAGAGACACAUUCAGCUGGGGGGGGGUGUUGGGGCAGACUGAUCAAAUUGACUAUUGGAACGGGCAGCUCUGGUGAAAGACAAAGGAAUGAAAGGAGAGAGAGAGAAAGAGACGAGUGCUAGAUGAAGAAUUACAUUUCGUCUCCAUGGACUUUCCUUCUGCCCCAAAGUGUUUCUAAUGUGUUUUACAAAAGUUUCAUGUCAGAUGUGUUCUGGAUUAGUCAUGUGAUCUCAGUGUGGAUACUGCUUCAGAAACGCACAACAUAAUGUAAACAACGCUUGUUUAUUUCCUGUGGACAGCUGAUUGAACUCAUGAUGUUUGUGACUGUCAUCGGUUACAGAUCCGCUCUAGUUUCCGACUUUAUGAUUAAUUAAUAAAAGGGUGAAUCUGUGCAGGAACCACUGCAUCAUCAGGAAAGGAAAAAUGGUCGGCUUAAAUGAACAGAACAAUUCUUUAAUGUAUUUGAGUAACAUUUACAUCAUCAUCUUUCAUCAUCAUCAUCAUGUGGAGAGUUACACUGGCGGCAGAGAUGAAUGAAUCCUGCAUGUAUCUGCAAUGCUUGAUCUGUGUUAGUUGGAAAUAAAUAUAUUUGUUGACAAUUUAUCCGUUUGCAUUUGUCUCUCUCUUGGCUUAGAACUGCGUUCACACCUUUUAAAAGAAUAAUUCAAACACGAACGGUCAUUAUUUCCUCACCCAUGUGACUUUCUAUAUCCCAUCAAUCAAGGAAUAUCAAAUAUGAUGCACAACGUUUGACUGUUUCACUCUCUGUUGAAGCUGACGAGCCGAUCAACCGAUGGUAUGUGCGUUUCGCGUUUAUGGCGCCAUCUAGAGGUUAAUUGUGAAAAAGUGGUUUCAAUGUUUAUAUCGAUCUAUUUAAAAUGGUGUGAAAAGUGACUCUUAUGUUGGGGUAAAUGACAGCUUAUUUAAAUAAAGUAAAAGUGACAGUAAUUAUUAUAUUUUAAAAAGAGUAUUUGCUGAAUAUAAGCAACUCGUGCUUGAUUUAAAUGUUGUAUAUUAUUUUAUUGAAAACUCCCCUUUGAAAUGCAUGUAUUAAAUAUGAUACAAGAGGA